GCUGCUGUUAUGGAGGAAGAAAUAGCCUCCAAACUAUCCGGAAUGGAUCUCACAGAGGAGGAAGAGACGUUAAUCAGCAUUGAUGAUACCGUCGUUACUGAAGGAGUGGAAGAAGUCAUCAAGGAACUUGGCGUGGCUAGAAAGCUUAUUGCUGGAAAACCUCCAUCUGCAAAGAUACUGAAAAGAAUUCUUAGUGAGGCAUGGAAACUCAGAAGGGAGUUUGACGUGCAAAUUACGAGAGACAACAUCAUAAGGCUACAACUCUACUGCUUUGAAGACAAAAACAAAGUUCUUUUUGGAGGACCAUGGCAUCUGGAGCGUCAACUAUUAAUCUUUAAGGAGGUCCCUCCUGAUUUAGAUAUGAAAAGACUGGAUUUUUCUAUGGCAGAUUUCUGGGUUAGAAUCAGAGAGCUCCCGCUGAAAAUGCGAAAUGCUCAAAUGGCUGAAAAAAUGGGUGCUAUGUUUGGAAGCUUCAUUCGUUGGGAUGAACUAUACUCGGGUGUAAACAGUGACUACAUGAGAAUCAGAGUCUCUAUACCGGUUACUAAGCCGCUGAGAAGAGUGGUCAAGUUACAAGGAAAGGAUGGCCCCAUUUCCUACAGAGUUGGGUACGAGAGACUUCCCAUUUUCUGUUUCAAGUGUGGUGUUUUCAGACACCUUAAGAAAUCUUGCCCGAAGCAGCUCGAGGAGGCUAAUGCCAAAGAAGAUUCCUAUGGACCCUGUUUAAGAGAGGAUUCCCCACUUAAGAAAUUAUCCCUUAAGGAAAAAGGCAAGUCUCAGCUACUGGCAAAACUAUGGGAGGAAGUCCAAGCUGAAAGGAACUCAAAACAGAAGCUGUUAGAAAUGCAAAAAGGAGUGGAAGAGCAGACAGAAGAGCUCACUAAAGAUCUCCUUACUAUUAAAGUGAAUGACAUCCUCACAAAUUCUUCUCUGGGGGGAAAUGAAGAGGAAAUAAGAGGUAAACCAGAUCCUAAUGGGAGUAUCCAAAAGGGUGCAGAUCUGUUGACAACAGUUGAAACAAAUAAUGGGCCUGGGGCAGAGAGAAAUCAUGUGACUCAAGAGAAGAAUACUGCUGCUAGUGCCUUGGAGGGAAAAGGUGGGAAGAGAUUGGAUAGGAAAACUCCCCUAACGGCCCAAAGGAAGGAAGGAAAACUCGAUAUGGGAAAAUGAAGUAUUCCUGAUGAUAUGGAAAUUAAUUCUGCCCUCUCGG